AGACCCUAUAUGUCAGACUCAUAUCUCAGCCAAACCUUGCGUAAGUAUUGUGUGGUAGUGAACCAAAUAUACCUUCAAGUUAUUUCUUUGAUGGUAAAGAUCACCGUAGAUGACGGAUCACAAUUCUGUAUUUGAUGGGAAAGUUAUUUAUUUGUGUGGUAGCUGCUACGGAUCACCGUUGCCAGCAAUACGCAAAUGGGGCGCUUGCUUUGCGAUCACCGAAAACAGCACCUGCUUUGUCCAGCAGAUUGUCUCAAAUAAACAGCAUCUGUGAACAAUUGCAAGGACGAGACACGAGCGCUGAAUAGAUUCUAUUUGGAGCCAUCAUCGAGUCACUUCGGCAGGACGACAGAUGCAUCUUUAUCCUUUAGCUGCACCCCAAGCAAAGCAAAAGAACUACGCAUGCUUUGCUUUAGUAAAAGCACCGACAAAACACGCCAAGGGCAAAGCUAAGAAGAGCUCAGUAGGAAGGCAAUGUCAAGGGUAGAUUGUUGCAGAUUUGCAAGGAGCUAGCAUCGUCAGUCAGCUAGUUCUUUCCUUCCACGCACUGUCUAUACAUCAUCGUUUGCGGCAAUAUUUCUGCUGUAAUACCAGCACAGGGAUAUGUAGUUGCCAAGGGAGAGUAUCACGGUUGCAGUGGAUGGGUGUUAUCUCUCCCUGGUGUCAUACUACGUUGCGACAAGAUGGGCCACAUCGACUUUCCGAACAUGACAAACGUCCAAGGCAUUCGCGCCAAUACUGUUAAAGUGGCAGUAAAAAGUAUAAUUCAUUUUUUAGAGGGUACAAGGGUGCCAAAUCAGGUCAUCUACUUUGACGGAUGGCAAGGAGUUGGUGCAUCUGCAGUGCUUAAAUCUAUAGCAGAACACCCGCCGCCUUCUUUGAGAAACAAAUUUGAGAAAAUUAUCCAUAUUGAUUGCUCGAGGUGGAAAAGUCGGAGAGCACUCCAAAGGACCAUUGCACAGGAACUAUGUCUUCCUCGACAUGUGAUGGAUAUUUUUGAUAGACAGGAUGAGGAUGAUGAUUUUCGUGGGGUAGAUGGAGGCUCUAGGGUCGAGAUAAGUGACGUUGCGAGAGAGAUCUAUGACGCUCUGCAAGGGCAGAGCUGUUUAGUGGUCUUCCACAACGGGAGCAAUAGCACAAUUGACUUGAGUGAUUUUGGCAUUUCCCUAUUCCCCUCAGAUCGAUGGUCAAAGGUUCUUCGGAAGGUAUUGUGGACCUUCCGCGGAAGGCUUCGUGCUAUCCCAGGAAUGAAGGAAAAGGCAUGGGGAAGACGGUUGAUUGCUAAGUCAGUGGAAAAUUCACCUAUUUAUCUUUAUUCACGUCAUCAUCACAAAGAUUGGACUGAACAAAUAUAUGAAGAAGCUGCAGAUAUAGCUCGAUACACACAUAAGCUUGGUGUCGCCACAGACCUAGAAAUAGCUUCAGCAUGUUGUAGGUAUUUGUUGUCACUGAAUUCCAAGGGUGGUGACAUCCCAGACUUCAACUGGGCUACUCAUGCCUCUAACUAUUGGGUUUGCGAUGGGAUUCUACAAGAACACCAACAAGACAAAGCAUGGGAGGUCGCCGCUGCUCUGCAUGAAGAGAUACGACUAGAGGACUUCUCAUUUGAUAUAAUAGGAUUCAACAAUUUUGCUGAUACAGAACGUUGGAUCGUAGCCACAUACUCUGAUAGAGAAGGAACUAUACCAACUAUAGAGCCAAAGACAACAUCAUUCUUUUUGGCAGACAAAAGAGGACAUGACCAUCACCAAGCAUCAUUACCCAAUAACAUAUUUCAAGGAUCCGAGCAACUUCAUGUAUUGAAACUUUGCCAUUGCACCUUCAACUUUUCAUCACCUCCUUUCCUUCAUUGCCAAUAUCUAAGAUUCCUUGGAUUGGAUAGCUGCAAGGAUCAAACAAAGAAACUAGAAGAAAACAAAGAAGAAGAGGGGGAGGAGGAGAAUGCUAGACGAAAAAUGGAAUUUUUCCCAAAUCUAUGGGUGCUUGACGUAUGUGACACAGAUUGGGAAUUGGAUUUAUCCCCAUAUAUAGUAGAGAGGAUGGCUAUAAACAUUAGGGAGAUAAAUAUAAAGAGGGGAAGAAUCUGGCGAAACAAUCAUGCAUGGAUAUGGAGACAUCUACAGAACAUCCACAAGCUUCGAGUGAUUGCGCCUACAUGCCCUUGGGAGACAGGCAACAUGGAUGAAUUCAGGGAUAUGGUGAAACUGGAGCUCCUUGACUUGAAAGGAAAUAGCACGAUACAAGUUUUGCCAAGCUUAUCAGAUUCAACUGGACUCAGUACCCUGAUUCUAGAUGGCUGUGUUGGAUUGGAACAUGUUGGCCCCGACGCACUCCCUCUGUCACUUGAAACAUUUAGCUUCGAUGUAGGGGCCCGAAAGGACCAUGAGAAGGAAGCUAAAAUCUCCCGUAUCUCCAUGGCUGGUUGUACAAGAUUGGUGAACUUCAGAUUGCGUGGGUAUCUCCCGAACCUUGAGGAGUUGGACCUCUCAAACACAUCAGUCAAAGCACUUGACCUGAAAGACAAGGUGGUGCAGGUUCCACGUCUGCAGCGACUCAUUUUGUUGGGAUGUGAGCGGCUUCGUGCUAUACAUUGGCCCGAAGAGGAGGGAAUUGACACAUUGAUGGUGCUAUGCAUUGACACUCGAGGAGGAGGAGGAGAAGUGGUCUGCCAAGAACGAGAAGAAUAUAGCCGUGCACGUGUUGCUGUUACGGACAUGAGGUUCCUUCAGUCGGUGGCAACAAAAACACCUCGUUGGCGAUUUUGUUGGAACAGUGAUAGAAUCCGUAAUGUGAAUCUUUGUUUGUCUUGUGCUAAGAGUGACGAUGGACAAAACAACGACAAGAUGAACCGUUAUAGCACUAGACAGUUAGUCAGGCCACCUCUGCACAGGUCAUUAAUCCCCAAGACACUCUGCACCUACAGUGAUGUCAACAUUGACAAGGCAACUAUCGAUCAUGAUGGCAGCAGUGCUCUGCAACCUGAGCCACUGGACGUCCAUGUAGAGAUUGGUGAAGGAAUAAGCAACACUAAUGUGGUCACCAAGCAAGGCAUCGAGGCUGUACGAAGUUUCAUGUCGAUGGCCAAGUCAUUGCUCGUGCAUGACAAUUCUUCCAUCACCACUGUUAUCCCGGAAAGCAUGAUUGCCACGAGAUGGGAUCAAUUUACCUGGCCUAAUCUGAAGUGGUGCCGCGUCGAUAGAUGCCCCAGAAUGGAAACUGUCUUCGUCGCUAUCUAUGAUGUCUUCUACUGGUUUAUACAACUGGAGACCUUCUGCGCGGUUGAUCUCUUAAUGGCCCGUAGUAUUUGGAGCAAAGGAAGGACAGUCAGUUCAGGGGACACUUCAUCAUUUGCAAAACUGCGGGCUAUACAUCUGCAUUCCUGCCCCAGGCUCACAUUUGUCCUCCCAUUGUCCGGGUUUACCUUGCCCAGCCUGGAGACCCUUCACAUCAUCUAUUGUGGUGAUCUCAGUCAGGUCUUCCCCGUGGAGGCACCUUUUCUAAACAAAUUAUCUACAGACCACCGACGAGGUGUACUGGAAUUCCCAAAGCUGAAGCACCUCCACAUGCUUGAACUCCCCAAGCUGCAGCACAUAUGCGAGGCCAAGAUGUACGCCCCCAAGCUCGAGACCAUCUUGGUGAGGGGCUGCUGGAGCCUCAAGCGCCUCCCGGCCACCGCCGACCGUCCGGACAGCCGCCCCGUCGUGGACUGCGAGAAGGACUGGUGGGAGAAGCUGGAGUGGGACGGGCUGGAGGCUGUCCACCACCCCUCCCUCUUCAGGCCGCGCCACUCAAAGUACUAUAAGAAGACCCUGCUCAGGGGCUCAGUUCUCCGGUGAGCCGACCUGACGACCUACUUGCUAGUUGCUAAGUUCUCCAGGUUCGGUGGUGGAUAGACGGCGAUGGGCUCGCUGCUGCUUUCGAUCUUGCCGCGUGCUUGCGUGGAUUUGCCAAGUCGUUGGUGUGUUUUCUGAAGAAUAAAUUGGUGUUUGAUGCUACUUCCAUCCACCAAGUUGCAUUUGGUGUGCUUGAUACUAUGUUAAUUCGUGUGCAUCUCUCAUGGGACUGAUGUACCAUUUGUUUGGUGUUGCCUGUGUGUUUUGUGUGUGUGCCUGAAAUAAGAGAGUGUCCCAUGUGCCUAUGGUGUGCCUAGAUAUCGUAGUCGCAGGAACCUCAUGGUGUGAGAGUGUUUGAGUUGCAGAAGACUGGAGACAAUGUUUGUAUGUGGUCGAUGCAGCAUCAUGCUAAUGCUGCAUAUAUAUUUGCAAAUGGUUUGGUGUGAUUUACAUGGAGUAUUAAUUAUUUCCUUCCAA